GUGGAUAAAGUUCGAGGAGAUGGUGGAGGAUGGCGGGGAGCGCUGGAGCAUGCCCCACGUCCCAGUCCUCCGCUUGCACAGCCUCUUCCAGCUGAGGACGUGCCUGCAGAAAGGAACGAUGCUCCUGGAUCUGGAUGCCCCCAGUUUCAAGGAAAUAAUCGACAACGCGCUUUCUGGGCAGCUUGAGGAAGCAGAGCUGCAGCCUGAGCUGAAGGAGCGUCUGGCAGCCCUCCUGCUCCAACAGCCACGGCACCAGCCCACCAAAUCCCUGCUGCAGCGCCUCGCUGAGCUCAGCCUCUCUCCCUGCCAAGGUAGGCACAGUGCCUGGCCAUGGCCCAGAGCCCAGCUCUCCGAAACGCCUCUUAAGGAGCAGCUGAGAAACCGAUUUAAGAAGAAGGUCCCACCAGGGGCUGAAGCAGCCCAUGUUGCUGUCGGUGAAGUUGAAUUCCUGGAGAAGCCUUUCACCGCCUUCAUCCGCCUCAGGCGAGGAGUGGCCCUUGGCUCGCUGGCUGAAGUCGCUCUCCCCAGCAGGUUCCUCUUCAUUCUGCUGGGUCCCCAAGCCAAAGUGAAAGCCUACCACGAGGUUGGCAGGGCCAUGGCCACACUGCUGACAGAUGAGCUCUUUCAAAGGGUUGCCCGGCAGGCUGAGCACCGAGAGGACCUCAUCACCGGAAUGGAGGCAUUCCUGGAUGAGCUAACUGUGCUUCCUCCUGGGAAAUGGGACCCCAGUGCCCGAAUUCCUCCACCGAGCUCUCCACACAGGAGGACCACCGUGCACCCACUAGAUCGGCAGUCCCAUGGCAAUGGGGACAUGGCAGCAGCUGGGGCCAGAGCCGGCGUGGGGAACCCAUGCUCCAGGGAGGAGCUGGAGAGGACAGGCAGGCUUUUUGGGGGGCUGCUGCGAGACAUCCGGAGGAAGGCGCCUUGGUACGGCAGCGACUUCUCUGAUGCCCUGCACCCCCAGUGCCUCUCAGCAGUGCUCUACAUCUACCUAGUGACGGUCACCAAUGCCAUCACCUUUGGGGGCAUGCUGGGCGACGCAACUGCCAACAUGCAGGGGGUGCUGGAGAGCUUCCUGGGCACGGCCUUUGCUGGCUCCAUCUUCUGCCUCUUUUCCGGCCAGCCCCUGACCAUCCUGAGCAGCACCGGCCCCGUGCUGGUCUUUGAGCGCCUCCUCUUCUCCUUCAGCCAGGACCACAGCUUGGACUACCUGGAGUUUCGCCUCUGGAUUGGGCUCUGGGUGGCCUUUUUUGGUGUGGUCUUGGUGGCCACUGAGGCCAGCCACCUGGUGCAGUACUUCACCCGCUUCACCGAGGAAGGCUUCUGCGCCCUCAUCAGCUUGAUAUUCAUCUAUGACUCCUUGAAGAAGAUGCUGAGCCUGGCGGACACCUUCCCCAUCAACUGGCAGUACCGGCUGGACAACAUCACCUCCUACAGCUGCGUCUGCAACUUGUCCAGCCCAG